CCCGUGGCCUCCAAAAAACGCGAGAUCCCAGACCCAGCUUUUGCGCAUGAGAAUCGGCUGAAGAUGUUACGAGGUAGUGCUACGCGCGCUGCGCGCGGCGCCAGACUAGCUCUGGCACCGCGCGCGCGCGCCCUUUCCGCGUUUCGAGACGCGUACUUGGUAUACACCAGUGCAUAGAAGGGCAGAAGACCGGGGUUUUGCGGGGCUCAGACGUUACCCGACGGCGCGCGCGCGCUCGCGCUCGACCGCCGCCGCCCGCGCGCCGCCGCCAAGCCCGGAAACGGCAUCAAUGGCUCACUUUUUGGUAAACGCAGGCCCACGUCGAGGAGCGCGAGCAGGUCGGCAUCGUGCCCAAGCCGUUAGAUGCCGCGCAGACCGCGGCGCUCGUCGAGCAGCUGAAACAGCCCGAGGACCCGCCCGAGUUCCUUUUAGAACUACUCAAGGAGCGCGUCCCGCCGGGCGUCGACGAGGCCGCGUACGUCAAAGCUUCGUUUUUAGCCGCUCUGGUCAAAGGCGACGUCAAGUCGCCGUUAGUCGAUGCCAAAGAAGCUAUGAGGUUAUUAGGCACCAUGCAGGGCGGCUACAACGUGGCCGCGUUAGUCGAAGGGCUAGAAUUAGAUGGAGAAUUAGCCCAGAUCGCCGCGGACGCCCUCAAAACAACAACUUUAGUCUUCGACGCGUUCCACGACGUCGAGCAGCUCGCCCAAGCCGGCAACGCGAAGGCAAGGGAGGUCAUGGAGUCCUGGGCGAACGCGGAGUGGUUUACCGGAAGAGAACCCUUACAAGAGAAGAUCACGGUCACGGUCUUCAAGGUCACGGGAGAAACGAACACCGACGACUUGUCACCCGCGCCGGACGCCUGGUCGCGGCCGGACAUCCCCUUGCAUGCCUUGGCCAUGCUCAAGAACCCCAGGGACGGCAUCGACCACGACGACGUCGCGGGGCAAAUUGCGGGACUCAAGGAGCAGGGUUUUCCGUUAGCGUACGUCGGCGACGUCGUCGGUACCGGUAGUUCGCGCAAGUCGGCCACCAAUAGCGUGCUGUGGUACAUGGGCGACGACGUGCGGGGCCCGCGUCCCUUUCAUCUUCUGCGCGAGACGAGAGGCCGAGAGAGGAGAAUCGUGGCGACGACGUGCCAGCUCGACGCCAUCGACGCGUGAGACAACGGCGUGCCGGGCGUCGACGCCGUCGCGGCGCGAGAGAGGCGCCAUAUCAACGCCACAACACACGCAGGUCCCCUGCGUCCCGAACAAGCGCGCCGGCUCCGUCUGCAUCGGCGGCAAGAUCGCGCCCAUCUUCUUCAACACGAUGGAGGACGCGGGCGCGUUGCCGCUCGAGAUGGACGUGACGCAGAUGAACAUGGGCGACGUGAUUGACGUCUACCCGUUUGAAGGUGUGGCGAAGCGCCACGGCACGGACGAAGUGCUCGCGGAGUUCUCCAUGAAGACGAACGUCAUCCAGGACGAAGUCAGGGCGGGUGGUCGGAUUCCCCUGAUCAUCGGGCGAGGGCUGACGGCGAAGGCUCGGGCUUCUCUCGGUAUGGAGCCGUCUACGGUGUUUCAAGUUCCUGGUUCUCCGGAAGCGCCUCCUGGUUAUACCUUAGCGCAGAAGAUGGUCGGACGAGCUUGUGGUGUGGAUGGUGUUGCGCCUGGGGUCUAUUGCGAGCCGCUCAUGACCACCGUCGGCUCGCAAGACACGACGGGCCCGAUGACGCGCGACGAACUCAAGGACCUCGCGUGCCUCGGCUUCUCGGCAGACUUGGUGAUGCAGUCCUUCUGCCACACGGCGGCCUACCCCAAGCCCGUGGACGUGGUCACGCAUGCGACGUUACCGGACUUCAUCCGGACGAGGGGUGGCGUUUCCCUCCGACCGGGCGACGGCAUCAUCCACUCCUGGCUCAACCGCAUGCUGUUACCUGAUACCGUAGGUACAGGAGGGGACUCGCACACGCGCUUCCCGGUCGGCAUCUCCUUCCCGGCCGGAUCUGGUUUAGUAGCUUUUGCCGCGGCUACUGGUGUGAUGCCUUUGGAUAUGCCCGAGUCCGUGUUGGUGCGCUUCACGGGCGACAUGCAGCCGGGCAUCACGUUGCGCGAUCUGGUGCAUGCGAUUCCCCACGCGGCGAUCCAGCGCGGGUUGUUAACUGUGGAAAAGCAGGGCAAGAAGAACGUCUUUUCUGGAAGGGUUCUCGAGAUCGAGGGGUUGGGCCACCUCAAGUGCGAGCAGGCCUUCGAGCUGUCGGACGCGUCUGCCGAAAGGUCCGCGGCCGGCUGCUCCAUCAAGCUCGACCCUGAGCCGGUGUGUGAAUACCUGCGGAGCAACAUCGUCAUGCUCAAGUGGAUGGUCGCCGAGGGGUAUGGGGACGCGCGGACCUUACAACGCCGCGUCGCGCGCAUGGAGCAGUUCCUCGAGAACCCGGAGCUGCUGGAGGCCGAUGCCAACGCGGAGUACGCCGAAGUCAUCGAAAUUGAUCUCAAUGAAAUCAAGGAGCCGAUCCUCUGCGCGCCGAAUGAUCCGGACGACGCGCGGACGUUGUCGGACGUCGCCGGGACGAAGAUCGACGAGGUCUUCCUCGGGUCGUGCAUGACGAACAUCGGCCACUUCCGGGCGGCCGGGAAGUUGCUUGACGCCGAUGGCGGUGUCACGCCGACGCGACUGUGGAUCUCGCCCCCUACUAGGAUGGACGCCGCGCAGCUCACCGAAGAAGGAUAUUAUUCUAUAUUUGGCAAGGCCGGCGCGCGCAUGGAGAUGCCCGGAUGCUCGCUGUGCAUGGGCAACCAGGCGCGCGUGGCCGAUGCCGCGACGGUCGUGUCUACAUCAACUAGAAACUUCCCGAACCGCCUGGGCAAGGGCGCGAACGUCUACCUGGCGUCGGCCGAAUUGGCCGCGGUCGCGGCCCUGAAGGGCGAGCUGCCCACGCCCCAGGAGUACCUGGACGCGAUGAAGACGAUCGACCCGACGGCCGCGGACACGUACCGCUACCUCAACUUCGACCAGCUGCCCGAGUUCACCGAGGCCGCGGACUUCGCCCUUGAUGCCGAGGCGGAGGACGAGGCCAAGGCCAUCGCGGCCUAGGUCCUGUGCAGUCCCUCUCACCCCUUCCCCGCUCCCCCACAUAAAUCAUCGUAUAUACU